GCCUGUGAAUCGGAUUCAACCUAACAAUAAUACACUGUUUGGUCUCUACAGCAGCAUGACGUCAGAAAAGAAUGUAGUAAAUUGAACGUCGACAUUUUCAACUCAUCAAUAUUGCAUUUGCGAUAACAAGUUCCCUACAUGUGCGUUUGCUCCGAGUUAGGAGAUAACUCUUGGCGGAUUUUUAAACAACUGUACAUGUGAUAACAGGUCGAGUGGUAUAUUACAGAUAGCACGGAAAUGAUACAAGACAAUCAUACAUACACGUAUUUAGUACGAGUUUGUGACACCGUGUUUGUACCGUAUAAUAUAGAGUGGUGUCUACGUGUUGGGAUCUGAUCUGACCUUUGAACUUUUAAGGAAAGGCUAUACAUGUCUGCCUGUAUAACAGAUCGGUAUACAUCACAUGUGUUUUACUAGAAAACAACUUUUGUAGCUACAAUCAGUCACACCAGGACGGAAAUGUCCCGGACCUGUCAGCGGUCAUUAGAUACGUAUACGUAGUCCUGUAUCCCGUAGAAAGUGUGACGGUGUCCUCAGCCGGCGGGGACACGAUGUCAGACACACUGUGUGAAUAGAGGAAAUGUCUAAUCAGCACGAUGAGUGGGACACGCCAUCAGCAGAGGAUUGAUAUAUGGAAGAUGGAGGCGUUUAAGAAUGUCAACCUGGACGGGGACUUAUCCUCCGAACUCUAUGAAAUCAUGCAAGAAAAUACGUGCUCGAACGUUUCUGUGACGUCAGCAGACAUUUCCGGGUUCUCCGAGGUGAAGUGUAACAGCACGUGUGACUAUCUAUUUAUAGUUGAGGUGUUAUGGUCGGACGGACGAUCCAUGUGUGUGAGGAGAACUUACAGAAGCUUUUUAAAUUUUCGAAAAGUUUUGGUGGAAUAUUUUCAAAAAGAUGACCAAAGUCAGGGAUCAGUAUUUAUACCGCAGCUAACAGGGUUGAAGAUGUUCCGACGCUACACACGUGACCUUGCGGAGGAAAGGGAAGCGGAACUCCAUAGAUUUGUCAAAAACCUCCUCAACGGAAACCCUAUGGUUUCCUCUACCCUCCCCGUGUUGGAUUUUUUCGAACCCAACGCAUCAGAUCCCGUUCCCUUCAGAAGUAGCCCGGAUGGCAAUGAUAGUGAUGAAGAUCCGUUCUCGGAGGACGUAUUCAGCCAGACGUGGAUGAAGAAAAGCAGCUCACCCAAGAGCAAAGCAUAAGUUAUUUUGUUUGUAUAUGUUAGUGAACGAGAAAGUCCGUAUUGUUGACCGCUGAUUAAAACUUCCUUUGUUGUACAGGGUAUCUAUAAUAACGAGCCAGACAGACGGGAUCCCGCUUUGAUCUCAACGUCCUACAGAGAUAAUAUACAUGAGCUUUUAUUUACAUUUUAAUGUAAGUUAUCCAUUACACAUACAACACUUCACAGCUGAACAAAACCUCAUAUGUAAAAGUAGAAGUAUUUAUAUAUAUAUGUGCUAAAAAUGACUUUUAAACGUAACUGAACAAUAUUUAUUCUAUUUCCAUAUGACUAUUUAUGAGUAUAUUGUUAUUUUUUAUGUUUGAAGUCGAUCCUUAGUAAAGUAGGAUGUGAAUAAGCUUAAGUAGUGAACAAAUACAUUUGUUGUUGAGAGAUAUGCAUACAAUAAGUGGAAACAGAGGUGAAGUUGUUUACGACAUACUAACUGUGUGUUGGUUGGGGGAAAAGAUAAACUGGCUACCAGCCCCUAAGUUUUUAUGAAGAUUUCUCAACUGCAUUUCACUACCAGCUUAUCUUUUCCUAGUUUAGAACUUAGGAAUCGGACAUCAAAGUGAUCAAAAUUAUUGAUUCUUCUUCUUCUAAAUAAGUCCAGGGGAAGGGGUGCGGGAAGCGGGUUAUGAGAUAAAGUGAAGUUAUACUCAUAUGGCAUGCUGUCAAACGGGAGAGUUUAAGACAUAUUGACUGAGGUGUGGGGGAUUGUACGACGUACAGAUCGGGUUAGGGGGGUCUCGACCUAGUGACCGGGGAGAGUUUAAAACAUAUUGACUGAGGUGUGGGGGAUUGUACGACGUACAGAUCGGGUUAGGGGGUCUCGACCUAGUGACCGGGGAGAGUUUAAGACAUAUUGACUGAGUGUGGGGGAUUGUACGACGUACAGAUCGGGCUAGGGGGUCUCGACCUAGUGACCGGGGAGAGGGGGUGUUUAUGUCAGUGGGCGACUGUUCACGACAUUCUGUCGGGGGUAUGUUUACUAUAGGUGCUGUUAGGGGGGUAGUGUGCAAUAUAGAUAGGCUUGACGCAAUAUUGAUAACCAAUGCCACAAUAACAAGUAAACUGACUAAAUAUGUAUAUGUUGUGUUGCAAAGCAGACAAUAAAUCUGUUUAUUUCUGAACAAA